UUGUCAAACUGAUAAAUUUUAUCUCAAAACUUCAUUUAUUUUAAUCGAAGGAAUUUCAAGUUAUACCAUCUAAUUUUAGCGAGAAAUUUUGGUUAUAAAUUUUUUAUCACGAGAAAAUUUCAUUUUUAUUUUCAUUGUAUGUGAGAAUUAAUUUGUUUAAUUUAAAAAAUCUAAACACAAUUGUUUAAAAAAAAACGACUUAUUUUUGACAAUACUUAUCCCACCGUGUCAGAAACCAUAUGCGUAUAUAUUCACUUUUGCACGUAACCCCUCAUAUGUUGCGAUAUAGUCGAGUUUGAUAGAAGUGAAACUCAAGUCUUACUUGUCAACAGUAAUUUCUUGCAUUUCUUUAGUAGUUUUCAUCUGGCAACAAUCUCUCCUCUUAUUGUUUGUCGUUAUUAAUAAUUAAAAAAUUAAAAUUAUGGCAAAUCCAAAUCCCACCAUUAAAUAUACAAAGUUGUUUAUAAAUAACGAAUUUGUGGAUUCAGUUAGUGGGAAGAAAUUUCCUACUAUAAAUCCAGUUAAUGAAAAAGUCAUUACUGAAGUGUCUGAAGGGGAUAAGGCUGAUGUCGAUCUUGCCGUUGCUGCUGCAAAAAAAGCAUUCUCUAGAGGAUCAGAAUGGAGAAAGAUGGAUGCUUCUGAACGUGGAAAAUUGAUGAAUAAGCUGGCUGAUUUAAUCGAACGGGAUGCAAAUUAUUUGGCCAAUAUUGAAACUUUAGAUUGUGGAAAAACAUUUACGAGUGCAUUGGGCGAUAUAAGUGGAAGUGUCGCCACAAUUCGAUACUAUGCUGGAUGGUGUGAUAAAAUUCAUGGAAGCACAAUUCCCGUUGAUGGAAAUAAUUUUGCCAUGACAAGAAAGGAACCAGUUGGCAUUGUUGGACAAAUAAUUCCCUGGAAUUAUCCAAUUGCAAUGGCUUCUUGGAAAUUGGGACCAGCUUUGUGUACUGGUUGUACAAUAAUUUUAAAACCAGCUGAACAAACACCACUCAGUGCUCUUUAUUUAGCAUCGUUGAUUAAAGAAGCUGGAUUCCCACCAGGAGUCGUGAAUGUUAUUCCCGGUUAUGGACCAACAGCAGGUGCUGCAAUUUCUGAACAUAAUGAUGUGAAUAAAAUCGCCUUCACUGGAUCUACAGAUGUUGGUCACAUUAUUAUGGCAGCAUCAGCUAAAAGUAAUUUGAAACGAGUCAGUCUUGAACUUGGUGGCAAAAGUCCUCUUGUUAUAUUCGAUGAUGCUGAUCUUGAUGAAGCGGCAGAAAUCGCUUACAAUGCUCUCUUUGACAAUCACGGGCAAAGUUGUUGCGCUGGUUCACGAACUUUUGUACAAUCAAAAGUUUACGAUGAGUUUGUCAAGCGAGCCAAGCAGUUGGCACAGAAAAGAAAAGUUGGCGAUCCAUUCAAAUCUGAUACGGAUCAAGGACCUCAAAUUGAUCGUGACAUGUUCGAUAAAGUUAUGGGUUUGAUUAAAUCGGGAAUGGAAGAAAAUGCAAAAGUUGAAACUGGAGGAAAACGCGUUGGCAACGUUGGAUUUUUCAUAGAGCCAACAAUUUUUUCAAAUGUCACUGAUAAUAUGAGAAUUGCCAAAGAAGAAAUAUUUGGUCCAGUGCAAAGUAUUUUAAAAUUCGAAACAAUUGAGGAAGUUAUUGAACGUGCAAAUCAAACAAAAUAUGGUCUUGCUGCUGGAGUAAUAACAAAGGAUAUUAAUAAAGCUCUGAUGUUUGCUCAAUCGGUCGAAGCUGGCAGUGUCUGGAUCAAUUGUUACGAUGCUAUUACUCCCCAAACACCAUUCGGUGGCUACAAAUUAUCAGGAAUCGGUCGUGAACUUGGUGAAGAAGGCUUGAAACAAUAUCUCGAAGUCAAGACAAUUAACAUUAAAAUGCCUUAAAUCAUUCGACGUUUAUAGUAAUUUUAUAUUUUCAAACAAGAUUAUUGUUAUAUAUUUUGUUAUAUUUUUCAAAAUAAAUAUUGAAGCAAAUGGAAUAACAAUUUUUAAAAUUAUUUCGAUUCCCGUCAUUUUAACUGUAAAUUAUUUCUUGAAAAAAAAAAAUUGUAUGCUUCAUUAUCAAUGUUAAAUGACUUUAUUGAAAAGAGUAAAGUUCACAAUAAAUUUUGAAAUUUAAGAAUUUAGAUUUACUUCACUGGAAUACAAUUGAAUUAAGAAAAUUUCCUUGAAUAUGACAUUUUUUUAACUGUAUUUUUUUAUACCUACAAAAAACUUUU